AUGUCUGCCAACAACGGCACGGCCGCCUCCUCCACAGCUGAGCCCUCUGUGAGCCCGUCGCCUUCGGCCGCACCCUCGCAGCCCUCAUCGCAGCCACCACUUUCGUCCGAUUCCGUAACUGAGCCUUCUUCAGCGCCGACCAGCGAGCCGGCAACCUCAUCGCCUGUGUCGCUCCCGACCAGCGAACCGCCCGCGUCGACCGAACAACCUCAGUCGACCGAAGCAACCCAGUCGUCGGCACCAGAGCCGUCCUCAACCGAUGCACCAGCCUCUUCAGCGCAACCAUCGUCCGCUGCACCCUCGUCCGACCCGCAAGACACGACGUCCACUGUCACCGCCAAACCGACACCCACGUCGACCCAGGUUGUCACUUCCGUCGUCACUCCCAGCGCGACGAGACCCGAUGAAACCCCGACACCCAUCACCGUCGUUCAAACCAUCGUCAAGUCGAGCACGCCGGAUCCUACGACAGAUGCUGCAUCGCCGACGAGCUCGGGAACCGUCUCAACAGACCCCGCAUCACUCCAAAACCCAUCGAAUAAGCAUGAAACUGGCGGGCUAAGCCCCGCCGGGAAGACGGCCAUCGCCGUCGUCAUUCCUGUCGUUGUCGUCGCACUGCUGCUGCUCGCCGGAAUCUGGUUCUGGCGGAAGCGCAAGUCGAAGAAGAGUGCAGAGGAGGCGCGCAGGAAAGAGGUGGAAGAGUAUGGCUUCAACCCCAACGAGGACCCCACUCUUCCUGCAGUCGGCAUGCAGUCGGAGAUGGCCGAGGAUCAGAGCGGAUACAGAGGAUGGGGCAACACCACCACGAGCUCCAACCGCAAGGCCUCUACCACCCUCACCAGCGGCAUGACCUACUCGGACAGCAACAGCAACCCUGGGGACGUCUUCGCCAACCCCGGAUCGCCUACGAACGCGUAUUCUGACGCCCAUUCUGGCGACCCUCUGGUCAACGGCCGAAGGGAGACGAUGGACUCAGAUGGCAUUGGCGCCCUGGGUGCCGCUCCCCGCUGCCAGCCAGAACAAAGACGGUGUCCAUCGCGGUCCGUCUAA